AUGAACGCAAAGCGCAGGAGUCCUCUCAGUUUGAUGCAGCAACGGCAAAGCGAAAAUAGGUUGCCUUUGCUGCCAUCUAACGCACCCGUCCGUGCGAAGAAGCGGUCCUCCGCCAAACAGCGGAACCUCUCACCGUUACCAGAGGUGAGUGGAAGAGGACCACAGUCAAAAGAGCUACGCGAGCCAGCGGGAGACCCCUCUAUGGGCAGAGCCUCGUGUGGGACCAAAAAGAUGUUGCAUCUUCAACGGGCACCCAAGUCAUUUUUGCAUGGGAAUAAGACGGAGGCUACCGCUCGGCGGAAUCUGUUAUCGAGCGAUAACGUGACACCGCCACCUUCAUCCGCAGGAUUGAAGCCCACGGGUGCAGGUGAAACUAACUGUAUCAAGGCCAAAGUGCAGUGCGGGAUGCGAAGACUUAGAAUCAUCCGUGAUGUUCCCAUUGAAGCUGUAGCGUCUGAGCAAGUUGCACAUAUUACUUGCGACGCUGUAACUCAGAAAGGAGAGGCUGCAGCUUCCUGCACCAAGGAGCAAAAGGAGUUUGAAAACGCCAUCGGUAUUCUCAACCGUAUGAUGGAGAUUGAUGCGAAGAAUAAUGACUCCAGAGCGUGGGUGACACGUUUCACGGAGGGAACAGCAGAGGCACGUCUGCGCAAGGAAGAAUUGCUACCAGUUUGGAUUAUUGUCAGCAUGGACUCUGUCUUGGCGAUUGAUUUGAAUGGUACGACGCAACAUCGUAAUUACGUUGGUCUUUCUGCAUCUGAGGUAACCCGUUUCCCUCCCAGUAGCUGCAUUGUUUUUCCCUUUCAGGAUGCACUGAAAGACGGUGAGGUGCGACUACCGGAGAAUGUUUCAGACGUUGCGACAAUGAUGAUGCCAGCGGCAAAGGAGAUUCGAUGGGGUGUCCCAGUCGGGGUGCUGUUUAUCAACUCAAUUGAGCGAAAUUCCAUUGUGCGUGAUAUUCUUCAGGUGUUUAUCCCUUCGUUUCUUCAAAAGAUAUAUCCACACGGGGUGCCCUUGAAAGGCGCUUGGACACCUACGGCGUCGGCAUCGGAGGUAAUGUCCACAACGUCACGCGUAAUAAAUAUUCCAAGAGGUGUGCGGGAGUCUGUUGUGUCAUGUAUGACACAACUUGGUAUUUCAAACGUAAGCCCCUUUAUGGGGAGUGGUACUCGUCUUGGAGACAAUCAGGGAUUCCAUGAAUUUCAGCAACGUGAUAAAGUUUCACAGCGUCUAUCGGUUGCGGAGUCGUUGACGGAAAGACGUGUUAAUGACAUACCUCAACAGCCCCGGAGGUUAGGAGAAUCCCCUCCAAGUGUGAGGAAUGGCUCUUCCUCGCCAUGGGAAAGCCGAGGGAGUCAGCUCCUAUUCACCGCUCGUCUCGUCAUUUCUAACCCUUUCUCUUCGUCUAUGGCGUGCUCUGUUCCAUGUCACUCUGUACUCGUGUUGACUCCGCGAGGUCCACUCGAGCUCGUUGCAGAGCCACCUUCGUCAGCUGUUACAGUUAAAGAUGUGAAACUGAGUCUGCUUCGCUCUGGUCUGGGACGAUCCUUGCGUCUGCAGAAGGACAUGGUCCGUUUUACGUACGCGCCAAGUCUUCCUAUGGCAGACGAUGGCGAACUGAUCAAUGCCCGUUACGCUGUGAUGCGUCUAAAAACGCAAAAUCCAAUGUAA